UUCUUGUGAUGUUUUUUUUAAAAUGAUAUCUUAACAGCAUCUAAUCAUUUACUUUGUUUUUAUCUUAAAAUGUUGACAGAUUUUUUAAUUUUUUUUUUUUUUACAUUUUGAAGCAUGUUUGAGAUUUUCCUUUUGCUUAAGUACAUAUAUCUUUUACUUUUGCAUUAUUUUGUAAUAAAUGUUAACAUUGAUAUAAUUGUAUUUUACCCAGAUUGUAUCAUAUUUUCAUAACUCAAAAACCAUCCUAAUAGAUAAGGGAUUAGCUAUUAAUAUGACAUUAGAUUAUCUUUAUUUAAGUGCAAAGAAAUGGAUUACAAUAGCUCAAAUUAGGCCAGAUUACCUCCCAUAGUCUCGAUUGCAUCAUGUCUUCUCAGCAGCCAGCGUCUCUUCUUCCUUAUUACUCUUGAGUUCUUUUUUUGGGAUGGAAUCCCUUUUCUGUCUCUGCAUAAACACAGACGUCUCUACGUAUUGAACUGUAAGUCGGUGCGUCAGGUUCACUAAUGUUACUGUGUGUAAAUCCUGAUAAUCUGUUGGCCUAAUCCAACAACACUGUAAUGGGGUUUGUCAAAUCUUGGUGGGGUUAGGUGAAGGUAGCUGUCUGUCUCUUUAGGGUUUGCUGAGUGCGACGACGUGAGACUUUUUCUUCGCUUUGUUUUAUUUUAUUAGUUUUUUUGUUUUUGCUAAAGGGGCAACUGAAUAAAAAGUUCCUAUUAUUAUUAUUAUUAUUUAUCAUCAUUAUUAUUACUUGAUUUUAUUCUUUUUAUGAAAAGAUGUCUAAAAAGCAAAGGUAAGCCAACUUUCACUUAUUUACUGCAUAUGUAGUGGUGUCAAAUCACUGUAUCUGAUUAAAAAUAAACAACUAUUACCAAAUAAUGCAAGAUUUCAUAAUGCAGCACAGUACUAGUGUUUCUGAAACAGAAAAUUAGACCAAAUAAUUUAUUGUGGUUGAUUUACUCUUGAGAAUAAAGAGCCUAUUUUAGAAAACAUUUAAAUUUUUACCUGUAAAUCAGAACUCAACUGGAAUUUCUUUUAUUUUUUGUUUCUUUUUUCUUUCAACAACUCUAGUUAUGGUGUCAAGUUGAAUGUAGCUUUCUUUGAGAAAAGCGAAAAUGAUCUUUAAUACUUUAAUUUAGCUUCAAUGACAAUUGCUUUGGGAUGGAAAUGUGUUCUAAUGAACACAUAUAAAGCUGAAAUGUUCUUUUUAUUCUGUGAAGCAAGUGGCACGAGACACUGGUAACCGCAAACACCAACAAACUGCAGUUGAACCACAAGAAAAAGGAUUUUGUAACACCUCCAUGGGAUGGAGGGAAGCGCUCUGGCAGCAGUGCCUCUAAAACUGGUGGAAAGAGCAGCAACCUCAGCAGAAGAGGGAGUGAAUCAAGAGCUGGCGGCAGUAAAAGAGGAAGCCUCAGCCACCAAGACAGCGCUGGCCAGAAGGCAACAAAACAAGGGUCCCAGUCAGCCAGAUCAGGGGUAAACCUGCGGAGCAGCCGGAGCUUUUCAUCCCUCCAAGCCUCUUGUCUCACAGCUGCUCCAUUCAUGAGAAGCAGCCGCUCACUCAACAGACUCGACCAAAGAUCCUCUGAUUUAGACAGAACAGCUGCCAAAUCGUCUGUAAAAAAAGGACAAAUCACUGGAAAAAAAUCUCCUGACUCUGACCAGCUGUCUUCCUCAGAGGAGCAUCUCAGCUGCUCCCAGCCAGAGACGUCUUCCUCGUUUUUGGCUCCGAGCUCUGCAUGUCAUCAUCCCAGCAACAAGGAAAAGAAGCAGACGAGAGAUGGGGUGUACACUUUGUGUGCGAUGACCUCUGGGAUGAAACGUAACUGGGUCCAAGCAGUGCUGAAGAAUGUGCGGCCAAAUCCUCCCCCUGAGAACGCAACCUCCCUCCCAGCGCAGAAGGCAGACAAAGGUGACCCGAUAGAGGAUUCACAUCCAACACAGCAGCAACAAGGAGAAGAAGAAGAGAAAAGCUCGGCUGAUGGAAAAGAAUCACUCUCUGCUUCACCUUCAAGUCCUCCACACACAGGUGUUACAGAUGCAUUAUAUGAAUACCAAAGCGACAGCUCUGCUUCCACGAUAGUGAUGUCCAACGAUGAGUAUUUCGAGGAUAGCUUAGAGCAGCACAGCCCCAUAGAACAGAAUCUGCAGCAGGAUGAGUCCACGAAUCAGGAAGAAGAGCCACAGACGACGGCAAACCCAUCCACCGAUGACAAGGAAACACUGCCAUGUGAACACAACACUGGCCAGCUUGUCAAAGAGCUGGAGCAAACACAGAAGGAGCUGUCACGGGUCCAGCAGAUUAACAGGAAUCUGCAACAAGAGAAAGACGCAAACUUAAGGAAACUGUUUUCUCUGCAGAAUGAAAUCCCUCCAUCGUCAGAUCAGUCUGUCACUCUGCACCAAAUGCAGUGGAUCAACCACAACCUCCGCAUGGAGCUGGAGGCCAUGAAGAGGAGUCAGGAGGAGGCCAGAGAGACCGAGUUACGUCGAAGAGUGGAUCUUUUGGCCCAGCAAGCACAGCUGCUGGUUACAGGUGACGCCACAGCGCUCGCUCAGAUCCAGCUUGACCAAGACCGCCAGCGGUUCCAGGAGCAGCAGCAGGACUGGGAGCGCUGCGUGGCCUCCCUGAAGUCCCAGCUGAGCAUCAGUGAGGAGAAGAGGAAGGAGGCAGAGGUCCGUUUGACGCAGCUGCAGCAGGAGUUACAGAAUGAGCAGCGCCUCCAACAGGAGGCUGAGCAGCUGCGGAAACAUCUCCAAGACAUGUCGGCUCAGCUUCACGCUUAUGAGGAGGCCCAGGCUGAGAAAGAGGCCCGGCUGCAGAAACACCUGAUGCUUCUUCAAGCGAGUCAGGAGAGAGAGCGCAACAGCUUGGCUGCCAGCCUGGCUCAGGCUGAGAAAACCUCACAAGACCUUCAGAGUAAGCUGGACAGGGCUGAGCAGCAGGUGGAGAACCUCAACAAAAGUCAGUCGUGGACUAGAGAAAUCGAGGAAGCGCAGCGACUGCUGCAGGAAGAGUUGGAGUGUACGGUGUCAGCUGUGCAGCAGCUCCAGGAGGAAAGAGAGCAACUGGCUAGAAGCUGUCAGGAGCUGCAAAACCACCUAUCGGAGGCAGAACGGGAAGUGAACAGACUCCAGGAGCGCCUGAAAACAGAGGAAACCCACUACUACAAUCUGGAGCACGCACACGAGAGAGUUUGUGAGGAGCUGCAGGUGGCGUUGAGCAAAGUGCAGCAGAGGGAGUCUGAAACUCAGGACAUCCGAGAGGGCUACGAAAGACUGCUGGACAGGAAGGAGCAGGAGUUAAACGAAAUUCUGUUAAAGAUGGAGGUCUUAGGUAACAGUUUAGAGGAGACGGAAAUGAAAUUGAGUGAAGCAAUGAAAGUUCGGAAGUACUCUCAGCUAAUAGAUGAGUCUAUAAACUCUGCUGAGCCGAAACAGAAAGUUUUAGUGGAAAACCAAGGAGAGGCAGACAGCUUCCAAUUCCCUAAGAAUUUCAAUGCAACUGAGGUAAAUAGUGCUCAAGAACAAGGGAGAAUACGCUCUCGCUCUCUGGAUGCAUCGUACCAAUACAUCGCCACAGCAGAAGAUGACCCAGAGAAGUUCAUGUCUGCCAUCCAGCUACUGGAAACCAAGCUGUUCGUCACAGAGGAGAAACUGAGGGAUAUCACUGAGAGGCUGGAGGAGCAGCAGAGUGACACCAGCUCCCAGGAUCCACGCCUCUGCUCCCAACUGACCCAAAGCAGAGCCAACGUCCAGCACUUCAGCUUGCUGCUCCAUAGUCAGGCCAAGCAGAGUCAACGCUAUGCCCAGGAGACCGAAAGCUGCUGUCGGAUGCUGGUUGGCAGGUUUCAGGUGGCUCUGAACAUCGUGCAAGCCUGCAGGGAGAGGCUGCAGUCCACCUCUGUGAAUAUUCCGGAAAUCGAGCGGCAGCUCACGACUGUGGCAGCCUGUCUUCAGCAGGGGGAGAAGGAGGCUGAGAGGGUCCAGCACGAGUCGCGCAACGCAAGCAAAGAAAAUGAAAAAAUCCUCAGUGAUGAGAUGUUAUCUGGACCUUCUCCGACCUCCAACCAACAGUCGGUACACGACGUGGGAAGUGUUUCGAAGUGUUUGACCAGGGAGCUCUUCAUAGUGGACAAAAUGGCGUCUGUCCUUCAGAGUCAAAAUGGCGUUUGUCUACUGUCUGCAGUUUCGAGAGCAAACAAAAGGGAUGGAGUGGGUAGUUACAAAAACAUAACCUCUAGAAGGAUAGCCCUAAAAACCGAAGAACUGAUGGAGUCGGAACCUUUGGACAGUGUGAUAGUGAGAGCUUGUGCUGAAGCGGAGCUCAUUUAUGCUGCUUUAAAACUUCAGCAAGAGUUUGAGAGCACAAGUCAAGAGACAGAGGAUCAAAAUCAUGCUGAGGCCAACUCCAGCCCUUCAGAAUCGAUUCAUUUUGAGAGGAAAGCAAAAGAAGUAGGAGGCAGGGGUUCAGAGGAAGUCACAAAACUGGCUGCGAAACGUCAAUCCGAUGACGACUGGUUAGAGAGGCUUGUGUCUCGGCUGCAAAGAAAAGCCACAUUUUUGCGUCAAAUCUGCCCGGAGACAAACAACAGACCUUUAAAUGAAGGUGGCAUGAACUUUAAUGUGGACAUCACUUCCUCUGUGGAUUUAGAUUGUAUCCAAGAGCAGGUGAAAGUGACGUAUCUGUCAGACAGGAUUUACCUGGAUUUAGAGCGUGAGUUUAAGCAGUGGGAGACGGUACGGAACAAAAUGCAAACCAAGCACAAAGAGAAGGACGAGAACUUGAUGGACAAACAAGAGGCCUUGAAUCAGUUACAAGAGGACAACACUGCACUGAGACAUGAGAUAGAGCAAGCCGAGCAAAAGAUUUUAUGCGUGGAGACGAGUAACCAGAGACUCUUGGAAGAAAUGCAGAAAAUUGAGGAUUACCACAAGGAGAAGAGGCAAAAACUGGAAACGGAGUUUCAAGAGAAGAUCAAGGAACUGCAGCAGAUCCACGAGGAGGAGAUGCAGUAUUUGCACACUUACUACACCAAGUCUUGUGCUUCAAGAGAAAAACUGUUCGCUGCAAAAGCACCUCAACCGACAGAGGGAGGGUCUUCUUUAUCAGGGGAGGAAGAACGGAAAACAGAGGAGAACCUGCAAACUGAUGCAGUUACUAUGAGAGAGACACAUCUGAAGGAGAUUGAAAACCUUCAGGCAUCCUGUGAUCAAGGGUUUACCGCUAUGGAAGAAAUGCACAGGAAGCUGAUAAAAGACCUGCAGGAGCAGCAUCAGCAGCAGGUCGCCGAACUCCUGAAGGAGAAAGACCAGCUCCUGCAGGAGGAGACAGCUGCCACCAUGGCAGCGAUUGUAGCGAUGAGGAGAGCUCACAAACAAGAACUAGAGAGGAGCAGACAGUCUCAGCACAUCAAGGAGAGUGGAGAUAUCACACAAAUACGAGUGGAAUACGAAAAAGAGAUCAGAUUAUUGCACAAGGAGCUGGAGGUGUUGUCGGCUCAGCACACAGACAAAUGCCUGGAAAACUCUCAGCUGAGCCAGGAGCUGCAGACCGAGAGGAAAUCGGUGACGCAGUACCGCAAAGAAAACCAAGAACUCCAAAAUAAGCAGAGUGUCCUCAAAGCAAAGGAGGCAGAGAUGCAGUUUCUCCGUCAGGAAGCUCGAUCUCUCAGAGAAGAGCUGGACAUCGCUCGAGUGGACAAAUUGCUGGCCCAGAAUAAAUUGAAGGCAUUUCAUGGAAACCAGCCGAAUGAAGCCCAUCUGCAUGUCCACAAAGAUCCCAAGUUUGCAACGUGGUCUCCACAUAGGGACACUUCAGGAAGCAACCCGGAUGACUCAGUGAAAACUUCAAGCAAUCCUGCUGCUCCAAAGAAAAUGGAGAAAUCCUUCCUCAUGCGUCAAAUAAGAGGAAUAAGAUCAAAGGUAAUACCAGAAUUUGAGUCUUUUAAAUUAUUUUUUAAACUAUUUAUUUACUUUUUUGAUUUUGUUUUUUUCAUCAAACUUUAAAGCCCACUAACUCAGAACCCUGGAAUUUCUUUCUCUAUCUAAUCAUUUUUUAUGUCUAUUUCUUUCCUUCUAGAGUUUAAAAGAUGGCCUUUCCAUCCAAGAAAGAAGGAAGUUAUUUGAGUCAUCCUGAUUUCUUAAAUGUAAAAACUACCUGCGUGAAAUAUGUUUACUGAUUUAAUAGCUCAUUUUCUGAGCUGAUAAGUUGCUGUUGCAUCACUCCACCACCAGAGGGCGACAAAGCAGCAAAAACCACAGACUUCUCUGGAUCUGAAAUAUUCAUUACCAGAACACAAACACCAACCAGUAAAGAUAUCUAUGUAUUUUUGAGCAGAUAGUGCUGGAGUUUUGUAAUUUGUGUCUUUUCAAUAAAGUGGUAUACUAAUUUUUCUUUGAGUAAAUGACUGAGUGAUUGUUGCAAAACGCUCAAACUGUUUCAUUAGUUGUGGAAGUUUAUAAAAAUUUACUUUUAAAAAAUGAAAUAAAAAGACAUAUGAAAGCAAAAUAAUUCAACAACAAAAAAAAUCAUUUUUUUAAAUCAAUGUGAUCUGAACAGUAUUAAGGUAUUAAUCAAACUUAUUUUUAGAUUCGAAUUUAUUUAUAAAAAUUUACCUUAACUUAGUAAAUUAACUAAAUGCAAAAUAUUCUGUGUUUUAAACAUCUAGUUACUGGUAAAAGCUAUUAUAAGAAGGGCCGAGAAUCAAUUAAAAAAAUGUAACCAAUUAAUUGCAAACCUAGAAAAGAAUUAAUUGAGCUUAGGCUGAUUUAAUGUACAAAAACACCUAAAAUUAUAUUUAAAAAAAUUAAAAUUAUUAUAAAAAGCAACAAACUUCAUACACAACAUUAUUUAAGUAAAAAACAAAAGUGGGAGGUAAAAAAAAAAAAAAAAAUGACAAUCUUAAUGAUAGCACAAGAAUACCUCAAUUUACACAAAUGAUUGAGUUUGGAUUUGCUUUCUGACAGCAUUUUAGCACACUCCUGGAUAAUGCAAGAGUUUUGAAACACCUCGUUCGUUGCAAACUGUUGGGUGAACUUCAGCCCGACUUCUACUCUGCUCUGGAGCCAAAGCAUCACUAGCACAUGGCCACUCACAGCACGUGUAGCUCUUAUUGCACUCCCCACUAUACAGAAUGAUGGCUAAAUGGUCAUUCAGCACAUUCAUCUUACUGCAAUGUUGAAACGAAAGGAGGUCUCAGAUCAAAAACAUACUAAC